UCUCUCUCUGGUUGAGAAGAAGUUUAUAAGGGGGGGUGGGGUGGGGGGUGGGGGUAUGAGAAGGGGGGACUCCACAACAACAGCUCUAUUAAUGAAGAUGAGGUUCGAAGUUAGAAAGAAAGGAAGAAAGUUGAUAGAAAAGCUGAAAGUUUAAAGCUAAAGAAAGCUGAUAACCGAAAGGAACUCCUUUUUCCUCCUCAUGUUCUCCCCUGUAUCAUAUCCUCCCCACCCCAUCCAUCUCCCAAUUAAUCUCUCUUCCUGAUCCAUCAUCACCACCUAUCAAUACUAUUAAACAUUAAAGACACAGAGAGAGAGAGAGAGAGAGAGAGAGAGAGAGAGAGAGAGAGAGAGGCCCAUCACUAAGAUCAUCGCCAAUUGCACGGUGAAAGCUAGAUCCAGAGAGAGAGAGAGAGAGGGAGAUUGCUUGGGCGCUAAGCACUUGUGAAGAAAAGUUCAAAUAUCGAUUCACCCAUGUUGGGAAAUAACACCUCUUCCGCAGUACUCCCUCCCUCCGAGCCAUUUGCUUGCUUGGAAUCUGGAAAUAAUAGCAAGAGGAAGAGAAGACCCGCAGGAACUCCAGAUCCAGAUGCAGAAGUGGUGUCACUGUCGCCGAAGACGCUUCUGGAAUCGGAUCGAUACGUGUGCGAGAUAUGCAACCAGGGGUUCCAGAGAGAUCAAAACCUGCAGAUGCACCGGCGGCGCCACAAGGUGCCGUGGAAGCUCCUGAAGAGGGAGACGGCGGUGGUGAAGAAGCGGGUGUUCGUGUGCCCCGAACCCACCUGCUUGCACCACCAUCCUUCCCACGCCCUCGGCGAUCUCGUCGGCAUCAAGAAACACUUCCGCCGUAAACACAGCAACCACAAGCAGUGGGUCUGCCACAAAUGCUCCAAAGCCUAUGCCGUCCAAUCUGAUUACAAAGCCCAUCUCAAAACCUGCGGUACCCGCGGCCACUCUUGCGACUGUGGCCGCGUUUUCUCCAGAGUGGAGAGUUUCAUAGAACACCAAGAUGCCUGCAACAUGGGACGUCUCCGUCCGGAAUCGGAGACUCUGUCUCGGACGGCGUCGAGCCCGAGCCCGUCCAGCGACACCAAUUUGAUGCCGUGGCCGCCUGCAGCAGCUCUGCUCAUCAUGCCCAAGCCAACCCAAUUCGCAGAUAAGAACUCCACAAAGAAUACUAACAAUUCCACACAUCACUACCAUAAUUUGGAGCUUCAGCUGUUGACUAGCAGUACUGCUACCACAGCAUCAAUAAACGCUACUACUACUCCCAGCUUGGUCCCGAAAGAGGUCGACGAUAAUGGAUCGACCCAGUUGCAGCUCUCGAUCGGGUUGCGCGACAAAAACAAGAAGGAUUCCGACACAAAUAGCAGGAGCAUUGCUAAUGAAAGGGAAGUAUUGGGGGGCGGAGCGGCGGCGACGGCGGCGUCGAGGCUGAUUAAGGAACAAACGCGGGAGGAGUUGGAAGUUGCGAUGGCGGAGAAGGCGUACGCAGAAGAGGCGAGACAGGCGGCGAGGCGGCAGAUACAAAUGGCAGAGCAGGAGUUCAACAACGCCAAGAGAAUAAGGCAGCAGGCGCAGGCGGAGCUGGACAAGGCCAAGGCGCUGAAAGAGCACGCCGCCAGGCAAAUCAAUUCCGCCAUUCUCCAUAUCACUUGCCACGCUUGCAAGCACCACUUCCACGCCGCGGCUGCUGCUGCGGCGGCGGCGGCGCAGCCCGAUGAGAACUCCCUCGUGUUGAGUUACAACAACGUGUCAUCUGCAAUAACGGACGGCGAAGUAGAGAACGAUAAUGCGACUGAUCGUGAUCACGCUAAAACGUCCACUAACCAAUACACUUCAUGAGAUCAUAUCAUUGAGAUUCAUCUCUAGCUAGAUGCUUUAUUUAUUUGGUUUUUUAAUUUUUAAUUGCUACCCUUUUUCUUUCUUUGUUUUGUUUUUGAUUACUUAACCUUCUGGCUCUAUAUUUGUAUUAAUUAAAUGAUAUGGGAAGUGCGUGUUGCAUGUGAUCUCCAGCAUGUUAAUGAAGGAACUUUGUAUGGCUUGGCUC